AUGGUUCUUUCUGAAAAACAAAAAAAUGAACUUAAUCAAGCUAUAGCUGAUUAUUUAGCCACAAAUGGUUAUACAAUCUCAUGUAAAGAAUUUUGCAGAGAAGCAAAUAUUUCUACUAAUGAAAGUGUGGAAAGAAAAGAUCAAUUGGAAAAAAAAUGGACUUCAGUUAUACGACUACAGAAGAAAGUUAUGGAUCUUGAAUCAAAAUUACAAGAAGCUCUACAAGAAGCGAUAACUGGUGUAUCUCCUGGACCAAAACGUCAACCUAACGAAUGGAUACCUCGACCUCCUGAAAAAUUCGAGCUAAAAGGUCAUCGUGACACAGUGACACGCGUUGUCUUUCAUCCAACUUACGAUAUUCUUGCAUCAGCUAGUGAAGAUGCAACAAUUAAAAUAUGGGAUUAUGAAUCAGGAGAACAUGAACGAACAUUAAAAGGUCAUACAGCACCGGUGCAAGAUAUUGCCUUUGAUCAUACAGGCAAAUGGCUUGUAUCAUGUUCGGCUGAUAUGAGUGUUCGUUUAUGGGAUUUUCAAACUUAUCAAUGUGUAAAAACAAUGCAUGGUCAUGAUCAUAAUGUAUCGUCAGUAACGUUUACUCCAAGUGGUGAUCAUAUUAUUUCAUGUAGUCGUGAUAAAACGAUUAAAAUAUGGGAAGUAUCAACGGCAUUUUGUGUAAAAUCUCUUGUUGGACAUCGAGAGUGGAUACGUAUGAUACGUGUUUAUCACGAUGGUACAUUAAUUGCCAGUUGUUCAGUCGAUCAUACUGUACGUAUUUGGUCACUGCCAAGUGGUGAAUGUAAAACUGAAUUACGUGGUCAUGACAAUGUUAUUGAAUGUAUUGCUUGGGCACCGGAUUCGGCCGGACCACAUAUAUCCGAAUCGAUUUCUAAUGGUGGAUCUGAAACACAGAAACGAUCCGGUCCUUAUCUCGUAUCCGGUGCACGUGAUAAGACAAUUCGAAUGUGGGAUGUAACUAAUGGUUUAUGUUUGUUUAUAUUAACUGGUCAUGAUAAUUGGGUUCGUGGACUUGUAUUUCACCCAGGUGGAAAAUAUCUAUUGAGUUGUUCUGAUGAUAAAACAUUACGUGUAUGGGAUAUUAAAAAUAAACGAAAUACAAAAACUAUUGAUGCUCAUACUCAUUUUUGUACUUCACUUGAUAUGCAUCGAAAUAAACCUUUUGUGAUUACGGGUAGUGUUGAUGCAUCAGUUAAAGUAUGGGAAUGUCGUUGA